AUGGUGAUUGCUGGAGCUCCCGAGCCGUCGCCAGAGCGCGUUGCCGCCUGGUCGGCAGUGGUCGCCAAGCCUCAGUCUGAGCCCGGAAAGGUGACCACGGCGACGAAGCCCCCGGUGCCUCCGGCUCCGAAGCCCUCGACAACAUCCCCUGAAAAGCCUCCUCGCCCCGAACCCGCGGCUCCCCUUGCCGCAGCUGCCGCUCAGUCUACGGCCCCUGCUGCUGCUGAGCGGUCCGCCCCGUCUGCGCCAACUGCUCCCCAGGCUCCACUUGAAGCCCCGACAAAGACUGACGCCGCACUCCCGGCUCCCGCUCCCGUUGGGCCACCAGCUGCCGGCCACGAGCCGCAGAAUUCUGCGCCUGCCUCGUCCCCGCAGGCGGCGUCCGCCACCACUGGCGGCCCGGCACAGUUGAUUGUGCCCCCUACAGUGGACCCGGCUGCCCCUGUUGCGCCGCCCGUGGCUCAGAUCGGGCGUCCUCCCGGCGCCGACGCAAUUCUCCCCGGCGCAAUCAACAGUCGGGUCAGUGGCAAGCGCACCGUGGCGGUCGCGGUGGCUGGUGGGGUCCUCGCGGUCGCAAUGGCGGAGGAUCGGUCGCGGUUGCAUCUGCCGCCCGUCCCGCCCGUGGCAGGAGUAGAAUUUGUGGCUGUGGGAGGCGGAGCGGUGACGGCGGGUGGCCCGGCUCCUCUUGCCGUUGAGGAGCCAUUCCAGUUCCUUGCUCAGGCGCUGCAACCCCCUCAGGCCCGUGUUCCGGAGGCGACCCUCGGCCAGCUCUUCCGCCUCGCGGAGAGCUUUCACGCACUGCUUCUGAUACAAGUUCUUGCACAUUCGUCUCUCCCUGCGCCCCCCCCUGAGUUGUUCCUGGAUCGACAUCGCGAUUCUUGCCUGGACGCAGCCGAUCAGCUUGCAGGGCUGCUGGCGCCCGUGCUGGCUGCGCCCGCCGAGGGAGGCGUUGCGGCGGCGGGGCCGCUUGAUGAGGCUGUGCGCGGCUUGCGGCGCCAUUUGCGUGCUGGUUCUGGAGCCGCCGCGAUCGGCGCAAGCACGCUUGUGGUCCGGGAGCUAUGGCGCUCCCUGACGGGCGUUCUUCACGCCCUCGGAGCUCACCGCAUGUAG